CACAUUUCAGCUAUUUUAUAGAAAUGCACCUAGGUGCAAUGUGUACUUUGCGUCUGUGAUUCCAAAGAAAAUGUUGCUGACCAGAAACUUUGUCAUUUUCGGUGCUCUUCUUGUUUCCUGCAUAGAAGCCAGGCCUCAAAGCGGAGAUGCUCAAGCGCAAAUAGUCAAGUCCAACAAUGAUUUAAGGCUAGAUGGGUACAACUUUGAUUUCGAGACGUCCAACGGAAUCAAAAGAACAGAAGCUGGAGUACUUAAACCUGGAACUGGAAAAGACAAUGAUCAAACUUUAAACGUAGAUGGUGAAUUUUCUUAUACUCUUUUGGACGGUACCCCUGUCAGUGUUAAAUUUGUAGCCACGGAAGAUGGAUACAGACCUACUGUUGUCAUUGGAUCUCCAAAAGCCGGAAAACGAUAAAAAAAUUAUGUAGUUUAUCACAGAGGUAUAUCUUUAAUAUUUUAUCAAGCAUAUUUUGCAAUAUUAAAGUUUAAAGCAAAAAAAAAAAUUUUAAUCUGAAAUUACCAUAAUUAUUGUAAUUUAUUUUCAAUACCAUUCCCAUUAAUCAACAAAAUGGUAAAGAUUACCUCUUAGAUGAUGUAAAUAUUAUAUUUUGUAAACAUAACACAUUUCCAGCAGUUCAAAAAUACCAGUUGUUGCUACAGAAAUAUUGUUUUUAUACCCAAUAAAGCUUGCAAUAAACAA